AUGGCAAAGGCAAAGAAGAAGGGCGACCAGUUGCAGAAAUACUACGCGGACUUUUUUUUGGGUUGGAUCCCAUUUUUUUCGCUCAUUAAGCUUUUUUGCCUCGUCUGGCUCGCCACGUACGAAACGCGCGGCGCGUCUCGUGCAUACAACUCGCUGGUGAUCCCGUUCUUCGAUGCUAGGGAGGAAGAGAUAGACUUCUGGCUUCAAAACGCGGGUCGGUCGUUCUACAUCUUGGCCCGCGAAUGCAGAAAAGUGUUGGUGGUUCAGCUCCGAGCCGGCCUGGUGAAAUUUUUGGAGCUGUCGACGGAUGACGGCUCGAACACCGCGCAGACUGAAAAUGAUGCGUUCAUCAUAGAAGCGCCAAGCGCAGAGGUAUCCGAAGAAGAGGGAACGGAGGUGGACCUGAGCUCACAAGACAUAAUGUACAAAAGGAGAAAGAAAAACGCCGAAGGUCGAAGGUAA